CUAACUCUCUCCGAAACAAUGAAAUACACAAGUUAUUUCUUGGCCUUUCAGCUCUGCAUCAUUUUGGGAUCUUCCAGCUGUUACUCCCAAGCCUCAAUUAAUAAAGAAAUAGAAAAUUUAAAAGAAUAUUUUAAUGCAAGUACUUCAGAUGUGGGAGAUGGGGAGCCUCUUUUCUUGGAUAUUAUGAAUAACUGGAAGGAAGAGAGUGACCAAAAAGUAAUUCAGAGCCAAAUUGUCUCUUUCUACUUCAAACUCUUUGAACACUUAAAAAACAACAAGAUCAUCCAAAAGAGCAUGGACACCAUCAAGGAGGACCUGAUUGUUAAGUUCUUCAAUAGCAGUGUCAGCAAACUGGAGGACUUCUUAAAGGUGUCUCAAAUUCAGGUAAAUGACCUGCAGGUCCAGCGCAAAGCAAUCAGUGAGCUCUUCAAAGUGAUGAGUGAUCUGUCACCAAGAUCUACCCUAAGGAAGCGAAAAAGGAGUCAGUCUUCGAUUCUGGGUCGGAGAGCAUCCAAAUAACAGUCCUUAUGCCUGCAAUAUUUGAAUUUUAAAAUCUAAAUCUAUUUAUUAAUAUUUAACAUUAUUUAUAUGGGGAAUAUAUUUUUAGACUCAUCAAAAAAGUAUUUAUAAUAGCAACUUAUGUAAUGAACAUGAAUAUCUAUGUAUUAAUUAUAUGUAUUAUUUAUAAUUCCUGUAUCCUGUAACUAUUUCACUUUACCCUUUAUUGUUUCUGAAAAAUUAGGGAAGAGUAUGUGAUUAAAAGUCUUUAUCUCAGGGAAGGGACCAUCUAAACAGCUGACCUAAGUAAGACCCUGUGGGUUGUGCAUUUAUUUAUACAAGGAACUCUUAUACAUGAAAUGGUACCAUCCAGUUACUGCCUAUUUAAGAACAUGUCUGCAUUCUGAGCCACUGCUUUAAUGGCACAUCAGACAGCACUUGAAUGUGUCGGGUGAUGUGACCCAUGUCCUGAUAACAUUGGCAUCUCAAGAGAUUUCACACCUGGUGCUUCUGAAUAUCGUUGACAACUGUGACUGCACCCAAAUGUAAAGUAACUCACUUGUUCAGUUUAUCAAUACCUAAUGUA